AUGACGUAUGUGGUAUGCCACGGCAGAGCACCUUCGACCAACGAGAAACCUUUCGACACGCCCAUUUCUCGGACCUGCAGAGACCCCUACUUGGAUAAAAGGGAGUGGUUUGGCUUGGAGUUCCGCCAAGGGAGAAGAGCAGAAGGUGAUCGCGAGAGCGGCAACAUCAUCGUAUUGCUCUUCACAGAGACAAACUACAGCUGCACCUCUUGUCAGAAAUUAGUCAGACUGAGAAACCACACGUUGAAGAAGUUAAUUCGCAACCACGGUUAUUUGACGCAAACUGGACAAACUGCGUGCUCUUGCUUAGCCCAGCGGCAGGUUACCGUGCAGCCAGGACCCCUGAUUCGAACGGAAGGCUCUCACAUCACCAUCUGGUGUAACGUAACCGGCUACAAGGAAGGGGUGGAGCAGGACUUUGAGUGGUCCAUGUACCUUUACAACGCUCCUGAUAGAGAGAUCCGCAUCGUCAGCACAUCCCAGCAAAACUACGCUUAUGCUUUGUACUCCCAGCGCGUCAACAACAAGGAGAUCUACGUCGAGAGGUUGAGUGGAGACUCGGGCCUGUUGCACAUAACCAAGCUGAGGGUCACUGACCAGGGCAUGUUCGAGUGUUACACCCCCAACACUGACAGCAGCUACCUGGGCUCUUACAGCGCUCGUACCAACCUCACUGUGAUUCCGGACACCCUGGCUGUGACGGCGUCCGCUCAGACUCUCUCGAAAGUGGAGGGGGAAACGCUACAGCUAAGCUGCGAGGUCACACGACAGACAACCCAGCACACACAUGUAUCUGUGGGCUGGUACGUGCGCCCCUCUGAUGAGCCCGGUUCCGCUCCGCGAGACCUGGUCACCCUGUCUCGGGACUUCGUUCUAAGACCCGGUGGACAGUACCGUCAGCGUCUGUCCUCAGGAGAUGUGCGAUUGGACAAGACAAGUGCCACCUCCUACCGUCUUACCAUCUACAAGCUCCAGCCAGUAGACCAAGGAGAGUUCUACUGCGAGGCCUCAGAGUGGAUCCAGGACCCAGAUCGCUCUUGGUACUCGCUGACACGGAAAGAGUCCGAGAAGACCUCAGUCAAAGUGCAGCCCACAGACCGGGACUUCAGUAUUCAGUUAACCUCAGAGCGCCGGGCCUACACGGCUGGUGAGCCGCUGGAGCUCCACUGCACCAUUGACGCGCAGAAUGUUCCAGAGCGCUUCUUCUCGGUGUCGUGGGUCUUCAGCAGCUCGCCCGUAGCCGUGAUAGGGCCCAGCGCCGUGCCCUUAAUGGGAACCAACUACGUGGAGCGGGAGGCAGCCGGCCUCCUCACCGUACGGAAAGAGAGCCCCUCCGUCCACCUGCUCAAACUGCAGCGGCUGCUACCUGAGGAUUCUGGGAAGUACAUCUGCAGAGUGACCGAACGGGAAAAGACGCUCACUGGGGAAUUCAUCGACCGCAGCAAACGGUCCCGUAAUGUUCAGAUCAUUGUUACUCCUCUCAGAAGUAACUUCACUGUAUCAUUAUUCAGUAACUCUUCAGAGAUUAUGGAAGGAGAGACCAUCCAGUUGACCUGCUUUGUUAACAACACUCUGGGUUCUGUGUCCGUGACCUGGCAGUGGAUGGAUAAGGAGGGGGUAGGUCCUGCAGUGGACGUGGCGUCUGUGGACCGUGAUGGCAUAGUCACACCCGGGUCCACAUUUAGGGAGCGCAGCAGCUACGGGGAGGUCUGGGUGGAGCGGGUUCGACCUGACACAUUCACCCUGUCCCUGUACAAUACCCUUCCCACAGAUGACGGCCAGUACCGCUGCAGCGCAACGGAGUGGACUCAGAGCGGUAAUGCCCCCAACUUGAUCUGGCAGCAGAUCGGAGACGAAACUGCCGUGAAGUCCAUCACUGUAAAAUCAGUUGAAUCUGUCUUCUUCGUUUCUGCAUCCUCCCGUACGCCCAGUGUGACAUACGGAGACUCGUUUGACCUGCAGUGCAUUGUAAAGCCACGGCACAAUCCCAGCGUUCCUGCUGCAGUCACAUGGCGCUUUCAGCCAACAGAGCGCGACGGAGAGUUUCUGGAUUUGGUGACGUUCACUCGUGACGGCACUCUGCAGUGGGGCGAUCAGCUGCUGGGCCUUGGCACGCGUACUACAGUGGAUCGUACGGCCACUAACACCAACUUUCGCCUCAGCGUCACCCGAGCCGGACGUAAGGAGGCUGGAACAUAUCAGUGCGCUGCCCUGCUUUAUAGGAGGAAUUACGAUGGCACCUGGAGCCAAGUGGCCAACCGCACCUCCAACCUGCUGGGCAUCAAUGUACUGCAGCCUGUGAGUAAACUACGUGUGCACAAGUCCAACCAAAGCUUGCAGUUUCUGGAGGACAGCCGGGUGCGCGUCAACUGUUCCAUCACCUCUGAAACCAGCCCUGAGUCCCGGCAUGCCGUGCUGUGGUACGCCCGGAAAGCCGAGCCUGGAGAACCCGACGAGCUGCUGUUAAAGAUCGAGCACACUGGAGCGUUUGAGUACGGAGCAUAUGCAGAGGAGGAGCGUCUGCGCAGCCGUGUGCAGUCGGAAAGGCUCUCUCCUCGGUUGUACGGCCUGACCUUGCACCGCGCCGAGACCAGUGAUUCUGGAACGUACUAUUGCCUUGUGGAAGAGUGGCUCAUGGACCCCGAUGGUGCCUGGUACCGCCUGGCACAAGACACCUCUGGCUUUACUCAUGUGGCGGUGAGACAGCCAGUGGUAAAUUUACAAGUUGGAGAAGAAGAAUCCAACAUCACUAUUGCUGCAGACGGAUCAAUCCGCCUGGGCUGCAGGAUCCUCUCUCAGUCUUCUACAGAUUCCCGUUUCUCCGUGUCCUGGUACAUGUACCGUCUGGGACAGGAGGAGGAGGAUGAGCAGCAGUGCGCCUUCUCCAUCGGUCACGAUGCCGUGUUCGGUAACGGCAACUGCAGCCCCACCGAGAAGCCUGGUCCGAACUCUCGCCUGCAGUUUGAGCGCACCGCCUCCGAUCUCUACAGUCUGACCAUCCAGAAAGCUCGGCUCAGAGACGUGGGCUAUUAUUAUUGCCACGUAGAGGAGUGGUUGCUGAAUCCACGCAAUGCUUGGUACCGCCUGGCCACCAACAACUCCGGGGUCACCAUUGUUAACGUUCUGGAGCAGGUGUCUACUGUACAGUCUGUGGUGUGUUCCAACGACUCGCUGUUCUACUUCGUCUUCUUCUACCCUUUCCCGAUCUUCGGCAUCCUCCUCAUCGCCGUCCUGCUGAUGCGUUACAAGAGCCGCAGCUACAGUAAGAAUCAGGAAGGCAAGAACGGUGCUCCCCUCCUGUGGAUCAAAGAGCCCCACCUCAGCUAUUCCCCCACCUGUCUGGACCCCCCUGCUCUCAGCCUUCACCCUGGUUCUGUGGAGUAACAGUGACAUGGACGUGACACCGUCUCACUUAGAGACUCGCUCAUCUACACUAUUUCUCUCUCUUUUUCUUCUCCUCGUCCACGAUGAGGCCACUAGAAGUAAUCUGGGCUUCUAGCCUGACCUGUCAAUCCGUCCAUAUGACUGACUAAAGACCUUCCUCUGUUGAAGUUGCCAUGGCUACAGUGGCUGCUGGUGGUGAUGCCUAGACAUUUCGAUUGCUUUCUUUUUUUAAAUAUGAUUUGUACUUAUCAUUCAUACUCGUGUGUGAGAACGUUUAUUUCUUUGAGGUACAGUGUCUGUGGGCCGUGAUGUAUUUUACCGGUGUGGCACGUGACAGAUGCCAACGUCCUCGCCUCUAUUCCCUCUCCAGUAUGAGAAAGCGCGGAGUUAUAUUUUUGCUUUUUCUCCUGUGUAUAAAGUCUGGUGCAAACCACAUCAUAUUAUUUGUUGUUUUGUCAUGACAGUGCUGAUUUUCGGUUCUGGAAGGUCAUGAGAUUUUUGCUGGACCAUGAAAGUUUUAAAAAGCGGUAUACGGAUGAAGGACGAAAAAGAUUUGGAAGGGUGACUACGGAUGUAUAUUCUAUGAUUUUGUGUGUGUGCUUGUGUGCCACGGAACUGAUCUCAGAACUGCCUCGUUUCAACGGAUAUAUACAGACGAUAGAGAGCGCUCAUUGCCCACUGACUCCAGGAUAUAAAUGUAACCCCAGCUCAUCCUCACUGCCAAAGACAAAUUAAACUUCAAAAGCCACACAUUGAAAAUCAGAUUUAAAGCCACGGUGUUAAAAUGAGGCUUGUGUAGAAACAACCUAUCGUGGCAGUCCAAUAUAUCCAGUAACGCAAACCGUCUGAUGUCAUCCAGUUGGAAAAGACAGUGAGAUGCUAACAUGUUUCCACAUCACUGGUGUUUAGAUGUUUCUACAAAUUGGUAAAUUUUGUCAAUCACAAUGGUGAAGAAAAUCAAUUUAUCCCCUAAACACCCUUCAGAGCGAAGUUUGUGUUGUAAAUAUACAAAACAUGACCCUUUUGUGCUAAAUGGAAACAAAAGGAAGCUGACGUGAAAAGAUCUGUCGAGCAUGAAGGGUUUUUCUCUCCUCUCUGGAAUUUUGGAAUAUCUUGAGGAAGGCUUUAAGGACAGUCAGAACAAUACUGACUCCAGGGACGUCUUUAGUGCCAAGGUCUUUUCAUCAUUAUUCAUGCCCUGUAAAUGAUCUGAGAGAAAAUCAAAUCUUGUUAGCUUAGAGACGUUCUGUGUAUAUGAAUUCUAAGCUCCUACUAAUGUAAAUGUUGAUUUACGAAGGUGAUUAGACAUUUUGUUAUAUAUUGUAAGUUACAUCACGUGGUGUUGCUCUUCUCUAUGGGUUUGUGUUUGAAACAUGGUGCCCAAACUACUGCCACUGAAAGAAGUGAAACAGUCGUGUGAACUUCAUGCGCCAUUCCAUAACUUGAAAACACAAAAUUGUUCUGAGAUAAAUGUGUGCUGUAUAUUUCUGAAGGUUAAUGUAUGAUCGAAAUUAUUGUUUGUUUCCAUGUUGUUUGUUUCCAUGAGGACAUUGGAAAGACACUGCCAACUCAUUUCUGCAACAAAUAUUAUUAUACUUCACUACAAUCCACGCGCGCUUCAAUUGAAAAGGUUCUCGCCAACAUCUGUACUGAAAGCAUUUGUUCAUUAGCUCAAGUGUGAAUGGAUUGUAUCUUAAUUUUCCUUUUAUUUCAAGCAUGUCAAGGACUACCAAACAUAAUAUGUUGUCUAGUAGCAGUGACAUGUAACCAAAAUGGUCGUCUCACUUUUAGGCAACAUGCUUAAGAAUUUGUUCACACGUUGACAAUGCGACAAGUGUGUGUUACGCGCAUCUUGACUGUAUUUGAAACCUCUCGCAGCUUUUCUGUAAAUGAAAUGUAGAUCCACUUGAACAUUGUGAUUGUCUUAUUUAUUGAACCAUAAAACAACUAGAUCGAAUCUGUGAACUUUAUAAAUCUCCAUAUUUUGCAGAACCAAGAUUUACUGUGCAGUCACCGGAUGAUGGGAAAUAAUCCGACUGUGAAUCAGGAUGAUUGAAAAAUCUUCAUACAGAUGAUACGUUGAUAAUCUAGCUCUCUUUAUCUCUACUCAGUUUUGUCAAACUGUACAGUGCAUGAUGAGUAAGGGGACAUUUUCAUGUUUGAAACUGAGAGUUGUGACAUUUUUGACAUGUCAGAUGAAUCCCACCCUCUCCAUUCUCCUUGUGGAAGGCCAUGCUGAUCCAACAAUAUGAUUUAAACCAUUAUUUAGUUAUAAUGCCACCAAACCGGUCUGGUUGUUCAUAAUAUAUUGUCAGUUUAACAAAAUGUAUUGUAGGUACGUGAACAUCUAUUAAAACAAGCAAGAUGUUUAAUCCAAUAAAUGAAUAUACCUGCUAAUGUAAUACAGUAAAUAGUUUUAGUUGUGUGACCUAUACGUUCAGGUUCUGUAAAUUGGUACUGUGAGAAAUGGUUCUGGGUUGGCUUUUCCCAAGUGGGAGAUGGGUGGUAUUGUAUUGAGUCUGACAGUGUAAUAUUGCAGUUCAAUCUGUACAGAAUUAUUCAGAACUUUAAAUAGUGUUUUUGUAGUUCAACACGCCCAGCUGAAUCAUAAUGUUCUCACAAUGUUGUCAAUGCAUUUCGAGGGCUGCAUGUUUUGGCUGUGUAGCUGCAGGAAAAACUAAUGAAAAAACAUUGUGUUGAUUUGUGUUCGGUUCAGCCAGUGCUGCUUUUUCAAGUGGUGAUUUUUAUGUUCUUUUUUAAAUAUUUAAAUAACCAAAAUAGUGCACUGAAUCUUAAAAAUAAUUGCCAUCGAUUUUUAUAUGCUUGUUGUGCUUUUGUUGUACUUUUGUGUUUUUUAAUCCUUCACAUAUACUUUAUUCAAUUGUAGCAAUGGCUAUUCUGAAAGACACUUUGCUAUUGUUAGUUGAUUGCAAUAAAACAUUCGGUGCACAGCG